UUGAACAAAAUGGCGCCUAGCAGAAAGGUGUGUUAGCCAUAUGUCAAUGGUGUUAGCUUAUAUAUAUGUCAAUAUGUGUUAGCAGAGUCUCUUUGUUGUGUAGAGAAAGAGCUAAAAUGUGUAAAGUCCAGAUGCUGAGAGCGUUGGUGGAGCAGCGACUAACUGCGGCUGCUGAAGAGAUAUUUGGGUUGUUUGAAAGAACGAUAGCAGAGUACGAGGAGGAACUUUGUCGUUCAAAAGAGGAGAACGAGCGACAACGGGAGCAACUGGACGCUGUUUUCAACCCUCAGCUUCGGUUACACAGAGCAGAUGUUGAGCAGCUGUUGGUGGUUAAAGAAGAGGUUCCCCCUGAGCAGCAGGAGUGUAGCUCCAGCGUGGACCAGCAGGAGCCAGAGCCCCCCCCACCCAUUAAAGAGGAACAGGAGAAACUGUGGAGCAGUCAGGAGGGAGAGAAGCUUCAAGGGCUGGAGGAGGCUGAUAUCACCAAGUUCCCAUUCACUCCUGUCCCUGUGAAGAGUGAAGAUGAUGAAGAGGAAGCUCAGUCCUCACAGCUUCAUCCAAGACAAACUCAACACAUGGAAACAGAAGCUGAUGGAGAGGACUGUGGAGGACCAGAACCAGCCAGGAACUCACAUCCACUUUUACAACCAGAGACUGAAGACCAGACUGGAGAUCCUUCUGAACCUGAGACUGAUAACAGUGCUGAUUGGAAGGAGACCAGAGAACCUCAGUCAGCUUUAAACUCUCUGAAACAUGAUUCAAGAUGUAAGAAAACAUUCAGCUGCUCUGAGUGUGGGAAAAUAUGUGGCUUCAAGUCACAUCUGAAGAGACACAUGAUAACUCACACAGGAGAAAAACCUUUCAGCUGCUCUGAGUGUCAGAGGAAAUUUGGCCGCAAGUCAGAUCUGGAAGAUCACAUGCUUACUCACACAGGAGAAAAACCUUUCAUUUGCAGUGUUUGUAAUAAAGCUUUUACACAGAGAGGAAGUUUACAGAAACACAUGAGAAUCCACACAGGAGAAAAACCUUUUAGAUGCUCAAUUUGUAAUAAAUCUUUUAAACAGAGUGGGCAUUUACGGACACACAUGGUAACUCACACAGGAGAGAAGGCUUUUAGCUGCUCAGUUUGUAAUACAUCUUUUACAUUGAGAGGAUCUUUACAGAAACACAUGAGAAUCCACACAGGAGAAAAACCUUUUAGCUGCUCUGAGUGUGGUAGAGCUUUCACUGAUAGUGGAACCCUGAAGACCCACAUGAGAACUCACACAGGAGAAAAACCUUUCAGCUGCUCAGUUUGUAAUAAAUCUUUUACACGGAGUGGAGAUGUACAGAAGCACAUGAGAACUCACACAGGAGAAAAACCUUUCAGUUGCUCAGUUUGUAAGAAAUCUUUUACACAGAGAGCAAUUGUACGGUCACACAUGGCAGUCCACACAGGAGAGAAAAGAUUCAGCUGCAGUGUUUGUAACAAAAGAUUUGCCUGGCGUUCUGUUCUCAAAAUACAUAAAUGUGUUGGUCAGAUAGAAACAGAAGUUGAUGGACAGGACUGUGGAGGACCAGAACCAGCCAGGAACUCACAUCCACAUCCACUUUUACAACCAGACUGAAGACCAGACUGGAGACUCUUCUGAACCUGAGGGUGGUGACAUGGAAUAACGUUUGUGCCUUUUAAGUCCAAGCAAAACAUCUCAAGUAUCAAACAAAAAUCUUCAUGUAUCAUCAUCUAGAUAGAAGACAUUAUAUUGUGUGGUAGGAAAAAGUACACUCUUUAUUUAAAUGUUGUUAUUAGAUAUUGUUUUGUCUUGUAAUGUCUGUCAUUAUAAUCGAGAAAUCAGACAAUUGUAAACACCAGAUAUUUUAUAGGGCCUACACAUAUAUUCACUUCUUUCUAAGUAACGUAUGUUUAGCACGAUUCACUAUUAAUCGUGUAUCAAUAUGGGAGUUUAUUCAAUACACAUUGGGUUCAUGUUUUAAUUUUGUGUAUCAUAAUUAAGCACAAUUUAGGCCCAGCAGUCUCUGAGAGGAGACUUUUCUCUCUGUGUCGGGGAGACAGGAAGUACAGGUUGAAAGCUAUCUUUAGUUUAAACAAGGAAGAUAUGAGGGAGGUAGCAUAGGGAAGUUAGCCUAGCAAGGUGUUUCCUGUCAGAGAGCGGAGGAGUUUUCUCGUUGAAGCAAAUCUGAGAUGGACAUAUUAUGAUCUGUAUAAAACUAUAAACUCACUUGUGCAUUGCUAUGUUCCAAGGUAAUAUGAUCAGUGACACCAAAAUGAUUAAGGUCUUUUGACAUUUAUAAUGUCUCCUCUGCCACUAAUUAGACCAUGGUAAAGCUAAAAAAGUAAAGAAAUAUUAUCCUUUGAUGUGACCGAUGUGGUACACUAGGAAAUGCUGAGUACCCUCCAGGAUGAAAUAAAGUGAAAUCAUUUGAAGUAAACCAUCUGUGAGAACUAGCAUGUACGUUAGUAGUUGUUGUCUGGGUCACAGCGACCUAGGUGUACUUAAGAAAAGGAAGAUGAGAGGACUGUUAGAAGUAAAAAUAUCACCAGUUCAGGUCCAUCUAAAGAUGUAACGAACAUAAAGUGGCUGUGGGCGUGAAUGUUUCCAACUGACACCACCCUAAACACUGAAUAAGAAGAGAGUCAUGUGGAACUUAGAUUCAGUUGUCUAUUCGACUGACUAUCGCCGGUGUUCAGUUGAUGUGUCUGAGGCAGCUCGGUUUGUUUGUUAUAAUGUAACAAAUAAAUCUGCAUGGAGUGAAUAUCAA